GGUCAAGCUUAGUACGAACAAAACCUUUUUGUCCAAAUAACUUCGUCUGCAAGCACUGAGAGGUUCUUUACUUUUCCAACAUUUUCUUAUUUCCUGGAUUCUGUAUCAGCAAUUCUGAUUGAUCAAAAUGACAUUCUUUUUAUCUUGAAGAAAAAGCUACAAAAGGGUAUGACACUAAGGGGAGCUAAUAUGCAGAUAAUACUUAUACUGUGAAGAAAAAAAGGAAAGAGACAAUGAUGGAGGAGGAAGUUUCAGACAAGAGAAAGAAAGCUAACAGAGACCCUUUCACUGAUAUUGUGUUUUCUUGGUCCGUAGAGGAUAUUUUCAAUGAAAAUCUUUAUCAGAAUCAGGUGGAAAGAAUUCCUGAAUCCUUUAAAUCGGUUCAGCAUUAUUUUGGGUCUUAUGCCUACCCCUUAUUGGAAGAAACUCGAGCAGAAUUGCAUUCGAGUAUGGAUAUUAUAUGGAAUCAACCUUUUGCUGAAGUAAUUUCUUUUGAAGAAUCCAAGCCAUAUGGAACCAAAAUAUACAAAGUAAAGGUUGAUUAUUGGCGGAAUAGAUUCUCCGAACGUGGCAAGGAGCCUUACAAAACUUUGCCUGGAGAUGUUUUCAUUUUAGCAGAUGCUAAACCAGAAACUGUUUCUGACUUGCAAAGGGCUGGCAGGUCAUGGGCAUUUCUUUCAGUGACUAAAAUCGCAGAUGAUGAUAAUGAGGAUGGUUUAAGUUCUACCUUUUUCAAAGUCAAAGCAUCAAAAGAGUUUGAACUUGACAAUGAGAUGCGGUCAUCUCUGUUUGUAAUUUUCUUGGGAAACCUUACCCCAAACAGAAGAAUAUGGAAGGCACUGCAUAUGUUUAAAAAUUUGAAAGUUGUUGAGAAAGUUCUUCGCCCUGAUUCUAUGGUUGAAGAAAAAUGUAAUUACUAUUCUGAAAAGGGUCAUGGCUUUUGGGAUGUGAAGCUGGUUGAGAAUAUAGAGUCUAAAUUGAAUGAGUCCCAAACUGAAGCAGUUCUUUCCUGUCUCAGCAAGAUACACUAUGAGAAUGAAUCUGCCUUCGAACUUAUUUGGGGUCCCCCUGGGACAGGGAAGACAAAAACUACUGCUACACUUCUUUUUACUCUCUUGGCAAUGAAGUUUAGAACUCUCAUUUGUGCCCCUACGAAUGUUGCAAUAACUGAAGUGGCUUCCCGUGUUGUGAAGGUGGUAUGUGAUGCGGAGCCUGAUGCUUUGUUUUGUUCACUGGGUGAUAUUCUUCUGUUUGGAAAUAAGGAGCGGCUCAAAGUUGGUUCAGAUAUUCAAGAUAUAUAUUUGGAUUAUCGUGUCCAGAAGAUUGCUGAAUGUUUAGGUUCACACAGUGGUUGGAGGCAUUGUUUUGGUUCCAUGAUAAAUUUUCUUGAAUAUUGUGUUUCCCAGUACCAUAUUUUCUUGGAAAAUGAGAUGAUUAAAGAGAGUGAGCAGAGCACUGAAUGUGAUAUCAAAGAGAAGGGAAGUACAAGUAAAGCAAUAGUUAAGUCAUUUCGUGAGUUUGUAAGAGAGAGAUUUGUUUCUAUGGCAGUACCUCUUAGGCACUGCGUUUCCGUAAUCUGUACUCAUAUGGGCAAAAGUUACAUUUCGGAACAAUGUUACCAAAACAUGGAAUCCCUUAUUGUCUCACUUGACUCUUUUGAAAAAAUGAUAUUUAAAAAAAAUGUGGCUUCUAAAGCACUGGAAGAGUGUUUUUCUCAAACAGAUGCAGUUGAAGAUUUCCCUGAUACAUUUGAAUAUGAGCAAUCUCUUCUCUGUAUUAGGAGAAGUGAAUGCCUCUUGCUUUUGAGAACUCUUAAGUGGUUUCUUGGUGGACUCACCUUCCCAAAUUUCAGGAGCCAGGAAUCAAUAAAGGAAUUCUGUUUUCAAAGAGCUUCGUUAAUAUUUUGCACGGCUUCUACUUCAUAUAAGUUGCAUAAAAUGGCAAUGGAACCAUUGAGAGUUUUGGUUAUUGAUGAAGCUGCACAGUUGAAAGAGUGUGAGUCAACCAUACCCCUGCAACUUCGUGGUAUAAAGCAUGCUAUUCUUGUUGGUGAUGAAUGCCAAUUACCAGCAAUGGUUCAAAGCAAAAUUUCUGAUGAAGCUGGUUUUGGAAGAAGUUUGUUUGAGAGGUUGAGCUCACAGGGUUGUGCAAAACAUCUGCUAAAUAUGCAGUACAGAAUGCAUCCAUCAAUAAGUUUAUUCCCAAAUUUGAAAUUCUAUGAUAACCGGAUUGUAGAUGCACCUAUUGUUCGAAGGAGAAGCUACGAAAUACAGUGCCGGCAGGGGUCAAUGUAUGGUCCUUACUCCUUUAUAAAUGUAAUUGGUGGAAGACAGGAGAAGGAUGAUGAUGGACGUAGUUCGAGAAAUAUGGUUGAGGUAGCAAUCGUAUUGAAAAUACUGCAGAAUCUCUACAGAGCAUUGGCUGUUUCAGAACAUAAACUCAGUAUUGGUGUUGUGUCACCCUAUGCUGCUCAAGUGGUUGCAAUUCAGGAUCGACUUGGGGGAAAGUACGAUAACAUGGACAGAUUUCUUGUGAAAGUAAAGACAAUUGAUGGAUUCCAGGGUGGAGAGUAUGAUAUAAUAAUAAUAUCAUCUGUAAGGUGUAAUAGUUUCCAAUCAGUAGGUUUCAUAUCCAAACCUCAGAGAAUGAAUGUUGCGCUGACAAGAGCUAGGCAUUGUCUAUGGAUUUUGGGUAAUGAAAGAAUCUUAGUUGGUAGUCAAACUGUUUGGAGAGAUUUAGUUCUCGACGCACAGAAGCGCAAUUGUUUCUUCAAUGCUGAUGAUGACAAAGAUUUGGCCAAGGCUAUAUUAGAUGUCAAAAAAGAGUUUGAUCAGCUCGAUGAUUUACUUAGUGGAAAUAGUAUGCUUUUCGAGAAUUCGAGAUGGAAGGUUCAAUUCAGUGAUAACUUUCUCAAGUCAUUCAAAAAACUGACAUCUGCGCUGAUAAAAAAGUCAGUUUUAAACCUUUUACUUAAGCUCUCCAGUGGCUGGAGACCUAAGAAGCGGAAUAUAGACUCAGUUUGUGGAAGCUCCAUGCAGAUGAUGAAGCAAUUUAAAGUUGAAGGUCUUUAUGUUGUUAGUACAACUGACAUUGUAAAGGAUUUGAGGUUUAUGAGGUUUAUACAAGUUUUGAAGAUCUGGGAUCUAUUGCCUAUGGAGGAUAUACCAAAAUUGAUAAAACGCCUGGAAAGUAUUUUUUGUAAAUACACUGAUGACUUCAUCAAUCUCUGCAAUGAAAAAUGUCUUGAGGGAAAUUUGGAAGUACCCAAGAGCUGGUCACCCUCUGUGGAUAUUGUCCGAUUUAAAGAUAUGAGCAUCAAUGAAACUGGAAAUGAUCAAGCUGGUGCCCCUUCGGAUGGUAGAAGUUAUGAUGAGAAUUCAAAGGCCAGUGAGAGUCUGUUGUUCAUGAAAUUCUACUCCUUAUCAUCAGUUGCAGUGAACCACUUGAUGUCUGACCAUGAUGGUAGGGAAUUAGAUCUCCCAUUCGAAGUGACUGACCAAGAAAUGGAGAUUAUACUUUUUGAUAGAAGUAGCUUCAUUCUUGGACGUUCUGGUACUGGGAAAACUACUACGUUGACAAUGAAGUUAUUUCAGAAAGAAAAAUUGCACCAAAUGGCUAAUGAAGGAUUCUAUGGACUCGAGAGCAAUUCAGUUGGACAUGGUAUUCAGGAUAAUGAUGCCAAGGAAAGCUCAAUGGAGACUGGAGGAACUGUUUUGCGCCAGCUCUUUGUGACAGUGAGUCCUAAGCUAUGUUUCACUGUGAAGCAACAUGUUUCCCACUUGAAAAGUUUUCCAUGUGGUGGAAAAUCUUCCGAUGAAAGUGAAUCCUCUGUUUGGGACUAUAUUGAUGAUGAAGAAAAACAAUUCAAGAACAUACCAGAUUCUUUUGUCAAUAUUCCACCCAAUUCGUACCCUCUUGUCAUAACUUUCCAUAAGUUCUUAAUGAUGCUUGAUGGAACAUUGAGUAACUCAUACUUUGAAAGAUUCCUCAACGUACCAGAACUUUCUAAUUGUAAAAUGCUAAGUUCAAGGUCAGUUAUGCUACAGAACAUUUUAAGGACAAAGGAAGUCAACUAUGAGAGAUUCAGCUCAUCAUACUGGCCUCAUUUCAAUUCGCAGUUGACAAAGAAUCUUGAUCCUUCCAGAGUAUUUACUGAGAUAAUUUCAUAUAUAAAAGGUGGCUUGAAAUCCAUGGAAGCAAUUGAUGGUAAACUCAAUCGUGAGGAAUAUGUUUUACUGUCAAAGGGUAGGGCCUCCAGUUUAAAUAAGAAAAAGAGAGAGAUAAUAUAUGAUAUAUUUCAGAGUUAUGAAAAAAUGAAGAUGGCGAAUGGUGAAUAUGAUCUUGCUGAUUUUGUAAUUGAUCUCCAUUUUCGACUCAGACGUGAAAGAUAUGAGGGUGAUGGAAUGGAUUUUGUAUAUAUUGAUGAGGUCCAAGAUCUAACAAUGAGUCAAAUUGCUUUGUUCAAGCAUGUCUGCAGUAAUGUCGAAGAGGGUUUUGUUUUUUCUGGUGAUACUGCGCAAACAAUUGCAAGGGGUACUGAUUUCAGAUUUCAAGAUAUAAGGAAUCUAUUUUACAGGAAGUUCUUUUUGCAAUCAAGGAUUCGUGCACAGGGUGAAAGAAAUGAAAAGGGACAUAUCUCAGAGAUUUUCCAGUUAACUCAAAAUUUCCGUACCCAUGCUGGUAUACUGAAAUUAUCUCACAGCAUUAUAGAACUUAUUUAUCGUUUCUUUCCUAGUUGCAUUGAUAAAUUAAAGCCUGAAAGCAGUCUGAUAUACGGGGAAGCUCCAAUUUUACUUGAAUCCGGGAACGAUGAAAAUGCAAUCAUAAAAAUCUUUGGAAAUCCUGAAAGCGUUAGUGGGAAGAUUGUUAGUUUUGGUGCUGAGCAGGUGAUACUGGUAAGAGAUGACAAUGCGCGCAAGGAAAUUUCAAAUUAUGUUGGGAAGCAAGCUCUUGUUCUAACCAUACUUGAAUGCAAGGGCCUUGAGUUUCAGGAUGUAUUGUUGUACGAUUUUUUUGGCUCAUCACCUCUUACGAAUAAGUGGAGGGUGAUAUAUGAAUAUAUGAAGGAACAAGAUCUCCUUGAUUCCGAUUCACCUAGUUUUCCACAUUUCAAUGAGUCUAAACACAAUAUCCUGUGCUCUGAACUGAAGCAAUUAUAUGUUGCUGUUACACGUACAAGGCAGAGGUUGUGGAUUUGUGAGACUUCAGAAUUCUCCAAACCUAUGUUUGACUAUUGGAAGAAGAAGUGUCUUGUACAAAUUAUGCAAUUGGAUGAUUCACUUGCUCAGGCAAUGCAAGUUGCAAGCAGUCCCGAGGAGUGGCGAUCGCGGGGUAUCAAGCUAUAUUCCGAGCAUAACCAUGAAAUGGCCACAAUGUGCUUUGAACGAGCUGGUGACACUUACUGGGAAAGAAGAUCCAAAGCUGCUGACCUUAAAUCGAUGGCUGAUUGGAUGCGCAUUUCAAAUCCUGAAGUAGCUAAUUCCAUCCUGAGGGAAGCUGCUGAAAUAUUUGAUGCCAUAGGCAAGGCAAAUUCUGCUGCGAGAUGUUUUUAUGAUCUAGGAGAAUAUGAAAGAGCAGGUAGGAUUUAUAUGGAAAAAUGUGGUGAGUCUGAGCUGGGAAGAGCUGGAGAAUGCUUUACUCGUGCAGAAUGCUAUGAGCUUGCUGCGGAGGUGUAUGCCAGGGGAGAUAUACUACUUGAGGUAGAUCUGAUUGGUAAGGCUGGGAAUUUUAGAGAAGCAGCAACACUAAUACUUUUGUAUGUGCUUGCCAACUCCCUUUGGUCCCGUGGUAGCAAAGGUUGGCCCUUAAAGCAGUUUAAACAGAAACAAGAGCUUUUAGCAAAAGGGAAGUCAUUUGCUAAGAAUGACAGUGACAACUUUUAUGAGUUGUUUUGCGUAGAAGCUGAUAUUAUUGCAAAUGAGCAGAGUAACUUGCAAUUAACGAAGAAUCAAAUGAAGGCUUCUCAGAUGCACAAGAGCAUUACUGCUGAAAUGCUAUGCGUUCGGAAAAUUUUGGAUGGUCAUCUGUCUUCAAGUGUUCCAAAAUAUAUCUUUGAAGAAGAAUUGGUGUUCAAUCUUACUGAGCAUUCAGAAACUAUGAUUUCUAAGAAUCAAGUCUCUCUUGAAUCAAUGGUUUACUUUUGGAACAUUUGGAAGGAAAAGAUAGUUGGAGUAUUUGAAUAUCUUGUUCAUCUCGAGUCAGAAGAUGUUAAUGAAAACGAAAGUUUUGGAGAAUUCUGUUUGAAUUUUUUAGGGGUCCGGAGGCAGUUUGAUAAUCUGAAUACCAGCUAUAUUCUGCUCCAUUCUGAUGCUGAUUGGGUGAGAGAUGUCAACAUGAGGCAUUUUAAAAAUAAUGGGAAGUUUGUUUCUAUUGGUGUUCAUCAGUUGGCUUCUGCUGCUCAGAGCUACUGGAGUUCAGAGUUGCUUUUUGUUGGAAUUAAGAUUUUGGAAAAGCUUCAAGCAAUAUAUGACUUCCCAGUUAAAAUUUCCGAUAUACCAUUCUGUAAAAGCAGGGCUCUUACCCAUAUCUAUGAAGUUGCAAAAUUUCUUUUUGAGUCCAAAUUUCUGAAGAAAAGAUAUCAUGAUGCUGGUAAACUGCAGAAAUCCAUUAGUCUGUCAACUGAGCAAUUUUUUGGCUACGUCUUUCCUCUUGAUUGGAGGAAGUCAUUGAGAGAGAAUAUGGUAUUGCUCAGAGGAAUGGAUAUUUCCAAAUGUUUACUUGAAGAAUUAAUAGUUGAGAAUAUCAACUCAAAGAACAAGCUUUCUUAUGGUCAAAUUGGGAGGAUUGCAAUGAUUACUCUUGGUUCUGGCAAGCUGAAAAAAGAAUCAUGUGAGAAGAUUUUACAGAAGUUGGGCAAUGAUUCCCCGUGGAAGGUCUUUUUUGAGAUUUUAUGUUCGGAUACCAGUGAAAAAGAAAGCAAGGGACCUCUUAUUUGCAGUUUCAAUGAAGCUUUAUUUCAUACAUAUGGAGGAAAUUGGAGAGCUGAAUAUGAUUACAUAUCACCUGGCUGUUUUGUGUAUCUUGUUGACCACCUUCUAAUUCGGGUAUCUUGCUUCCGGGGUAACUUUUUCACUACAAAGUCAUCAUUUGUUGAAUGGCUCAUGGAAUGUGGCGAAGAUACCAAAUCAAGUCCCUACAGAUGGGCUGAUGUGAAACAAUCUUUUGAAAAUCUCCUUCAGUCUAUGAUCCAUGUAGUUCAGCAAUGCCUUUACAAUAAGGGUGAAAUGUUGGAAUGGAUUGGAAAAUCUACUGAGGCGAAGGACAUCUACUCACUUAUUGUGUCUAGAUUGGUUGUGAUUGUUUGUUUGAUUAAUUUGAAUUUUGGUAUAUGUCAAGAUUUACUCUUAGAUUUGAUCAAUAAAAACUACAUCAUUGAACAUCUUCCACGGGACUUUCGUGAUGCCCUUUUCCUUUUAAGGAAACGCCACCCUUUGUAUACAAUUGUUGUUGUGCUAGCUGAGGCAUUUAAGAAGAUUGGCAAUGAUUUGGUAGUUGUAAGUUCAGGAGAAAAUUUUCCAUUGCUUUUCUGUCCUGGGUCUGCCAUAUAUGUGAAUAUGAAUAUCUUUAAAUGCAAGAAUGACAUAUUGAGGAUAUUGUUUCCAAGGACUAUUGAAACUAAACAAGGCGAAAGGGGAGCUGCUGCUGUCGAAGCUAUUGAUACUCAGAAAGUGCUCUCUGAAGCCAGUUCUGCUUCACAGAAGAAAUCUGAGCUUCCCCAAUCAAGACUUGAGUUGGUGGCCAAACAGGAACUAAACACUCAAUACAAAAACCAGGUUAACCUUUCAAAUGAUUGUCGCUGUGUUUGGGAAAUACUUGAUAGAAUGAAGAUAGUAGACAAUGGAGGAGACCAAAGUGCUUUUCUGUCACAUGCCAAAACAAUUAAGGUCGAUAUGGAGAAAUUCGUUCAGCUUUUAUCUGAUGGAUUGACUUCAAGUUAUCGGAAUACUAAUGAUUCUGAAAAGAAAGUCAUGCUCGAUGAAGUGGUGACUAUGACUGACGAGUUGAAACAACUUUCUAAUGCAUUGGAUGAGAGUGAGGUUGGACGCGAUGAUCAAAUUACAAGGGUUGAAGAACUUUGCAACAGGCUGCAAUCAAAGAGGCCAAAAAUGGAGCCUAUCUUAAAACAGCUUUUCGUCCUUAACAACACAAACCUCGCUGAUAAGGAAUCGGAGAUCGAGAAAGUUGUUGCUUCUAGUGAAAAGUCUGAUGAGGUUAAAACUACUGUUGUGGAUGAAAGAAAUGUAGAUUCUCACAAGGUUGACACUGAGGCUUCUCAAGUUAAUUCUGCUUCUGGAACCCCAAGUAGCAGCUCCAACACUGAUAACAGAGGAAAGAGAAAUAAUAACAAGAAUAAGAAAAAGAAGGCCAAAAAGGGAAGGGAGGAAAGAAAAAAUAGCCUUUUGUAUAUAUAUGGAUUUUGUAGGUUGAAGAUGCAUACUUAAAAGAAAAGUUGUUGCAUAUGCAAUAUGGUUAAAUGUUGAAAACUUGAAAAUAUUAUACAGCGUUUUUAGGAACAAAGUAUAGAUAUUUGAGAGGCUUAUGCUAAUGCUGGAAUCUGAUAGCUUUUGAAUUUGGUCUUUACUAAGCCUCCAAACUGUAAUCUGAAACUAAAUAUAUGCAAGGAGUAUUUCAUAGUAUAUGUCA